AUGCAGGAAAAACAAGAACGUCGUGAUGAGGAGAAAGAGCGUCGCUACUUGUUUCGAGAACAGCGCGACUUGCUAACGCAGGCACAAGCACCUCAUCAAAUGGCUUAUUCAUUACCUGAAAGAUCGACAAUCGGCCCUUCUUUAUUGACAUUCAAAACUAAUAUGAACCCCGGACAAUUUGAGGCUGUUCCCAUUACGCCAAUAUCACGCCCAAGGUCGUCUAGUUCGAUGGAAUCAGGUGAAGACGAAUACGACACGCUUAUGAAAUUCUUCGCAUGGAAAAUCAAUUCAAUCAAGAACGAGGAUAGGAAGGAGAAAUGGAAGCGUGCCCAAACAAUUAUAUUCACAAAUGACUGGUCUAUUCGAGAGUUGAGGCAAAUGGAAGAUGAUAAAACGCCAGCGUAUCAACGUGCAAUAAAAGCAGGUAUUUUAGACAGUCUGGCAAGAGGCUUCAGGAGAGAGUUGCGCCAGUAUAGGCAAUCUGUUCGCCGUACUCGUGAUGAAUAUGCUGCAGUAAUCGCUUUAGAUGCGUUAGGAGGCGGAGAUUCAACCGUAUAA